AUGCCGGCUCCCGAGGCGCUCCUCGUCUGGUUGGCGACCCCCGCCCUGCUCACGGUGGCCCUUGUCCUGUCGGGCCCUUGGCGGCUUUCGGACUCCCCGCUGCCCCGGAGCUUGGUGCGGGAGCUGGAGCGCCGGCAGCAGGACGUCAACCGUUUGGAGGCAGCCGCCGAUGCCGGAGCCCGAGCGGGCGCAUUUCCCCGAAGGCGCGCACCUUUGGCAGCAGCGGCGCUGUUGGGCUGCUCGGCUCUGAAGGAGGUGACCAGCGUGAGCUUCGUGGGAUCCGGCAUCACCAAGCGGGUGCUGAGGGCCACUCUCCCGUCCAGCGGCGAGGAGAUCGCCCUGAAAUCCGUGCACUGGGCUGGCAACGACGUGAGCCGCUGCGUGCAGCGCUAUGGGCACCCGGGAGGCUGUUACCGCCUCGCUGCCUACAAGCUGCUCCACGAGGCGGUGCUGAUGCAGAGCCUCGAUCACCCGGGCAUCGUCAAGCUGCGUGGUCGGUGCUAUGAUAGGAGCUCAGCUCCGGAGAUGAAGGUGGUCACCAUGCUGGAGUUGGGAACUCCUUUGGAGAUGAUUAAUCUUCUGCAAACCCCCUGGGAAGAGAGAUUUAAAAUUUGCCUGGAUCUGGUAGAACUGCUCUAUUACUUGGCAAAUUCUCCCCUAGGUUCCAUUGCCCUCUUGGAUUUCCAGACUCGGCAAUUUGUUAUGGUGAAUGGAAGCUUGAAAGUCACCGACCUGGACGAUGUGAGCACCAAAGAACCAUCAUGCCAGCUGGAUCAUGAUUGCACCCUCGAGUUCCCCACAAAGAGGUUCUAUCUCAGAUGUGGCAUGCAUAAGAGAUGUGAAGGGAUAAAUGAGAAAAAAAAUCUCUUCAAUGCAUACAGGUAUUUCUUCACCUAUCUCUUACCACAUACUGCCCCCCUUGUUCUGCAACCCCUUCUGAAGGACAUCCUGAAUGCCACAGGUAAUCUGCAAUUUGGAGCAAAUGAAACCCUGAGAGCAUUUCAGAAAGUUUUGCAUUUGUACAAAUCAGGACUUUAUCUGCAGAAAAAAACUACUUAUUUGAAAGAUUAUGUUGCCUUAAAGGGAUUCCAGAGCAGGGAUGCAGAAGACUAUAAAUGCUGGCCAUCUUAUCACCAUUUGGGAUGCAUGCUCUCUGUCCACAACCCAGAGGAAGCAGCAUCCAUUUGCAGUUCCCAUCCACAAUGUCAACAUUUCAUCAUCACUCCACGGAGGACAUGGACAGGACGUCCCCUUGCUUUGUUUCAAAGCAACUUCUCUGAUCUAAUUCCAGAAGGGAACAUGGUGGUUUAUAUUAAACGAUCUGCAUUCUCAGGAAGCCUCUGACAGAAAGCCUGAAGAGCUACAGAACCAGUGCACAAGAAGAACUCAGGCAGUGAUCACCAGGACUAAUUUUCACUUUUUCAGACUCUUAAGAAGUGGUGUGGCUUUUUUUUUA